AUGGUCCCGCGCGGUGGUAAUCCCGCUAGCUUACCUCGAAACACUCUCAGCUUCUCGGCCGCACCACCCCAAUCGGUCGAGGAGGUACGGCUCGGCAACACAGCCGCCAUAGCCUACAUUGCCACCUUGACCGCAACUCUCCGAGACACGCAAGAUCAACUCAAACAGUCUAAGGCUAGGGGUACUGCUCUAACUCAACGUAACAACGAGUCAGCGCAAGCAUCCACCCUCGAGCAAUCCCACCCGUGCGGCAGGGAGCCUUCUUUGUCAGCGUCUCUCCCUGACGUUAGAGUGUUCUUCCGUACCGUGACGCUUCCUAUCUCGAUAACCAGCCCGGGAUUCACUCAGAAGGCAUGGUUGUGCCCAUCUGAGGAUCCCGCUACGUUGUUUUCAUUGCCUGACUCUGCAAACUGUUCAACAUUGUAG